UUGAUGAACAAGGUUUUGACCCAGAAAAAAAUGAACAAGGAAAUCCCCUUAUUGACAGAAAAGGAUAAGGUGACCAGAAAAAAAAUCAAAACCAAGAAUUAAAAUCGACAAUAAAUAAAUAAAAAUAAUAACACAGAGCAAAAAUCUGUCUUAAAAGGACGGCCCCCCUUUAAGCACACUUUACCUAAUCCUCAAAUUCCUCAGCGGCUCACUCUCUGGCCUUCUCUUCUCCCUCAAUCAUACGUAUAAAGGCUGUUCUCUCUCUGAUAAAAGGCCGAGAGUCUUUGAUACAUCUGUCCUCUGUAAAGCAGUAAAGUUUCAUGUCUGAACACGACAUCCAGACUCCAACAACUUUUGAUCCUUUUGCCGAUGCAACUGCUGAUGAUUCAGGUGCUGGCGCAAAGGAGUAUGUCCAUGUGCGGGUACAGCAGCGCAAUGGAAGGAAAAGCCUGACAACUGUGCAAGGGUUGAGGAAGGAAUACAGUUACAAUAAGAUACUGAAAGAUCUCAAGAAAGACUUCUGUUGUAAUGGUACUGUUGUCCAAGACCCUGAGCUAGGCAAGGUGAUUCAACUUCAAGGUGAUCAAAGGAAGAACGUCUCUGCCUUCCUUGUCCAGGCUGGUAUUGUGAAGAAGGAGAACAUCAAGAUUCAUGGCUUUUGAGCAACAGCAGAUGAAUCUUGUCUAGCUUCAGACCUCUGACUUGCAUCGGUUACUGCAGUACCCCUUCUGAACGUUAUAGUAUGUUCUAUUAUGCAAAACUGUGAUGCUAUAGGUGUGUUUUUAAACAAGCUUGGCAACUACAUUUAGCCGUGCAAUUUACUCUGUUUCAUUGGUUAAAGGAUUAGGUUUCCUUUUGUGGCUACCAUCUUUUAUGUGCAAUGGUAUUCAUCACUGUUCCACCAGUGCUUAUUGCCA